AUGCUUAGGAGGGUCCGCGGCUGGGACGUGGCAGGCGCGCAGCGAAGAACGGAGUGCAAUGCACCCCCCGUGCAGUUCUGGAACCGGUUCCUAAUCGCGUUUCGCCGCGGCCGAUCGGGCGGGCCUCGGGAAAAACUCAGAGCCGGCGGUGUCGGUGCGAGGCGAAGUCGCCGAGUACAGAGUGGCCCGCGAUAUUUUCGAUCGGUUGACGAGAUCACGGGCCGCGGCGGCCUAAAAGAUGCCUUAGAUGAU